AUGGCCGAGGUACCAUAUUUUGGUGCGAAGGAAGUUGACGGACAUCACUUGUCUGAAUUUCCGAUUGUAUUCUCUGCGAAUUCAAAGUAUUUCUAUAACAGCGCAAGAUCAUCGAUAAGAAUAUACAGUGUCGAAACUGGCGAUGUUGUAAGGCAUUUAUCAAUAUCGCCAAGUGAAGCUGGUCAUACUGGCAAAAUCACGUGUCUUGAAAAAAACCCAAAGAAUCAAGAGGAACUAAUCUCUGGCUCAUUGGAUGGCAAAAUAAAAUUCUGGAAUACAAGGAAAUCGGGGACAUUGAUUGCGACUUAUGACGUUGGCCAGCCAAUUAUUCGAAUGGCUAUAAGCGAUAGUGGACCUAAUAACAGUAUAAGAAUAUUUCUUGCUACUGAAGUUAUAAGUGCCGCUCGUGUCAUGUACCGAUCAGAGAUAAUACUUUUGACUGUAUGGAGACCAAAUAAGUCACAUAUAGUUACUCUGACUCGGUCAAAGUAUCCAUGCUCUGGAUUGGGUGUAUAUGCUGACGGCAGUUGCGCUGUUGCAUCAUACAGGAGGAAUUAUGAUGUAAUUGUAUUUCCCAAUGGAUCAGAUGUAAUAGUAGACAGAUGCACGCAUCCGAAAGCUGUAACCGCAUUGGCUGUUCAUCCGAAAUUACCAAUUGUUGCAUUAGGCGACGAGACCGGAGCCAUUACUAUAAUACGACAGCUCGGAGACAGAUCGGUGGGGAACCCACCCUCAACUAAGUAUCAUUGGCAUGCACACCGGGUGAUGUAUCUUGCCUACUCACUCAAAGGCACAUAUUUAUUAUCAGGCGGUGAGGAGGGUGUGUUAGUCGAAUGGCAUAUUGAUUCCGGCCAGAGAAGAUUUGUUCCUCGUCUUGGUGCGGAGAUAAAGGCUAUUUCUGUGAGCCCAGAUGAUACUAUUUAUGCCGUAUCAUUAGCGAACAAUACAGUGAAACUUGUGGCAUCGAUGAAUCUAGACUUGAAACAGGCCAUUCAAGGAUUGCAUGUACAGGGAAAAAGACGAUUAGAAGAUGUCACAGCAGGAUUAACUAUCGAGCCUCGCACUUUUAAUCUGGUCAUAAAUGGUCAACCAGGCUCUCUUCAAUUUUAUGAUGUACACUCUGAAAAACAUGUGUUCGAUCUUGACGUUUCUCAACAGAGUCUCGUGUCAAGAACAAACAAUGAAGAGAUUACGCGAUUUCAAGUGGUUUAUGUGGCAUUCUCCGCCGAUGAACGAUGGAUGGCUACAGUAGACACACGAGAUGAUAAAGAACACGAAAUGGAAUCUUUUCUAAAGUUUUGGCGAUAUGACGACAAUGAGUUGACAUACAUCCUACACUCACGAUUGUCGAUUCGACGCAAAGAGACAAUAAUAUCAUUAGUUUUUGAUAAUGCAAAAAACGAGGGAUCACCUAAAAUUGUUACGACUAAUGUUGAUAAGAGAUUUACAAUAUGGCAACUAAAAGAACAGUCUAAUACUAAGGAUGCUGAUGGGGAAGUGGUUUGGGUAGAAGUGUUUAACGGGCUGUAUAAAGAUUAUAAUCCCCAUGCGGCAGCAUUUUCUGAAGAUGACAGUAUUUUGGCGGUCACAUUUGAUUCAAAGGUUACACUAUGGAAUACUUCAACGUAUCAGUUAUUUGAUGUACUUGAUUGCCUGCCUACAUCUGACAAAUUGACGCAUGUGACGUUUAUCAAUGGCUCGGGCGCAUAUCUGGUUGCUGCAUCACCUGAUCGCAUCAGCGUAUGGAAUUUAAUUACUAAUAGCGUCUGGUGGUCCGCUAGUUUUCCUGUACAUCAUCUUGUAGCAGAUGCGGAUGGUUCAACGUUUGCAGUAGCAGGCAACGCCGAGAGACGAGGAAUCAAGAAAUGCUAUGUGUGCAUAUUUAAUCCACGUUCUGCUGUCCCGGUGGCGUUAAGAGAGGUGGAUGGAAAUAUUCAUGCAAUGGUUUAUUUGCCGUCAAGAGCAACGAAGAAUACGUCAAAGGACGAAGUUGCAGAUAUCACUUCGAAUAGUUCUUCGAAUAUCAUAUAUGUCAAUAAUUAUUGUGAUCUACACAUGCUCCCGACAAUAGAUGAUGACUCUAACACAAUACAAUUAAAAGAAACGAUCAGACAAUAA